CUACUAUCUUCAUUCCUAUAUCUAAGAUAGAAUUAUCUCACCGCAAAUACUAAAAGUAUAAAACUAUUUUUUUUAACCUUAAAUAUGCUACAGAGUUCCUAUCUUAAACAUGUAAAAUAUUGAUAACAAUGACUGAAGUAAAUUGUAAAUUUGUAAGUUGGGAGGGUAAAUAAUGAAAAAAUCUUAUUUAUUUUUUUUUCUAGAAAAGGUAAAAUAUUUUAUAUAGAAAAAGAAAAUCAUGUUUAAUAGGAAUGGAGAUACUAGUAAUUAUCACUCCACAGAAGAUUACUACAUGAUAAACUCAAAGAAAGGGAGAAAAAGAAAUUAGAGGGAGACAAAGAAAGAAAAAGAUCUGGCGUCAAGCUAAUUUCCAAAUUUAUAAGGGGCUUCCAUGGUAAUAAACCUAUAUUACCCCCAAAAGCUCGAAACUCCGAGCUAAAAAAGCCUAAAACCCAAAACCCCAGAAAAGCAAGAGCCGAGGAAUAACAUCUCAACCAAACAUCAUCAAAUUGGAGAUCGCAGAGGGCUUACUCUCGGAACCAAACUGGAAAGAUUCAUUGUUUGGAUCUAAACAUCUGAAAGAAAUGUGGCGAAAAACUCUGAUUACUUAUGCCAACAGCGUUCUCCUGCGUUGCCGGUCCAUGGCUACACGGCCGUCGCCGGAUGUCUCCGCCGCUGUCAACUCCAUUCUUCUCCGUUCUCUCAAAGAUCAUUAUAUGGAAGUCUCCAAAAUGACCCCUCCUCCGAAAGUUAACCCUCCUGCUCCUUUCACAGUAGUGAAAGGAUCUCUUGAUAGUGGCGGUCCUGUUCUUAAGCGGUCAUAUAAGGAUGAAGAAGUCAGUGUUUCCGUGAUGCGCUUGGCCAACAUAAUUCCUGAAGGAGGUGACGAUGACGACGACGAUGACGAUGACAGCAUCAAUCAAUUGUUUGUUCAUGUUAAUAUCUCAAAACCAGGGCAGGCGGAUUCUUUACAUUUCCUUUGUGGACUAUAUCCUGAUGCUUUAGGCAUUCACUCGGUUUCUUUGAGGCCCAAAGUUGAGAAUUCUGAGGCUUCAACACUAGAAGGGCUUAUAAAUAAGUACAAUGGUCCCACAUUUGAGGCACUUGAUGAAAGGGUGAGAGAUUCACUGCAUGGUUACAUUCAAGAGCGUGGGAUCGAUGAGAGCCUUUUCCCAUUUUUACAAGCUUGGCAAUAUGUGAAGGACCACCGAAAUCUUAUGCAAUGGUUCAAAACUAUCGGUACGUUUGUUCACCAAGGUAAGGAAGUAACUACUCAGGCUCAGUAAUUCCUUCAAGUGGUUGAUUCUGGUCCCGGUGGAGGUCAGCUCGACCAGGUGAAGUAUAGGUGAUGGUUGUGUUGGAUUUUGUUCAAUGAAGAUGCAUAGGUGGUAUAAAUUUGAUAGACGACACUUCUUUUAGGAUACUUUUGAUUGUAAUCCUUUGCCUCCUUGUUUACUCUCUUUUCCAGAGGAUCUGCUUUUCUUUGUGUCCUGUCUUAUUUCUCCAGUCAUAUCUUCUUCUUGAUUUGUAGUUGACUGUAGAAACAAUUGAAAGAGAGUGUGACUGACUUUUCCAAAGAACAAAAAAGUUUUGAGGCUGGCCUUGAUUUUCUUGAAUUUUUUUUUGUUUUUUUUUUAAGAGAAAAGAAUUCGGGCUUGAGCCCUUUUACCUUAUGCACUGGCAUUAUUAGGCCUACAGUUAGUAACGUUUUUACCCCAUUUUUUAGAAGUUAAAAGUUCGAGUUUACAUUAAUGGUAAAAAUACGUCUACGAGUUUUGCUCUUUUCUGUCUGCUUUGAAUUUGGUGAAGUCCAUGAAACACUUUGAUGGCGGUAUUUUGUUCCUGGAUUCAGAUUGUGUUCACUCAUUUAGAACGAAAAGAAAACGACCCAUUCUUUAUGGUUGACUUUUGAAGUCAAUGACUUUUGCAUUACCCUUUUAGACUUUUUAAAAAGUUGUCAAUCACUUUUUGGUACCAAAUAAUCAUUGACAGGUAAGUUAGAAAAGAUGAUGCUACAAGUAACCAAAAUAAUAAUACUAGUAAUAAAUCAAAUUAAAAAAAUAAGCAUAUAGUCAACUAUAUAUAUACUCCAUUCCUCGCCUCCCUUUUGCCCAUCUUAUUGAGAAAUUCAAUGGAUGCAAAUGCCAAUCGGAAGAGAAAGUGGGGAAAAAGAGGAUAUGGUCCAUUUUAGCAGGUAUUUUUCAAUAGCUGUGAUGAUUGUUCAUUUCAAGUUUUCAACCCAUCUUCCCCGGCAUUUCAAUUGUGGUUUUUGCUGUAAAGAAAUACUGAAAUGGGGCAUUGGAUAUAGAUUGAUUAGUCAAUUCUGCAUCACCAUUCUCUGUCUAGGGAAGCCUGUUAUUUUCUUGAUUGAAACUGUUGACUGAUAUCAACCCACUAAUGCGAGGCCGUUGGGUCCGGCCAUUCCCAGGUUCAUAUUAUGAAUGAACAUGAUUAAGGUCUUGUUUGCACAUCAACUCACUUUAUACUUUCAAUCAUUUUAACUCUUAAACACAAAACUCAAUGGAAAAGAAAACAUCAUCCAAACAACUUUCUUAUUUAUAUUUUUAAUUCCAACUUGAAAUACUUUUUGUUAGUGUAAUGACC